AUGGAGGCACAAAAUACCGACGGAGUUGUCGGUUUGACCGACGGCACAUAUCGAAUCGAUUUCAAUCGAUGGACACUGGUCUGUUUCGCGACGGCUUGUGGUGUCUACAACAACCGUACCUACAGAAGAUCCUUCGUACCGUGGGUGUACAUGUUCGUACGAACCGAACACGAGUACGCUUACAAAACCAUGUUCACAACCACGGUGGAUUUCGCUGCAAAAUACUUUGACUACACGUUGACAUUGAAGUACGGAAGUCAAGACCACGCUACAUACAUCGCAAACGCCUACAAAGCGAUUUGGCCGGGUAUUGGCAUUCUGAACUGCUACCCACAUCUAUCUCGUAAAGCGUAUGAAAAAUCCGGGUUGCUGCGAGAUCCAACGUUCUAUGGCAAUCAUGUUGAUAAGAAUAUCCAUGAGCUCGAAUUAGCUCGUUCUCCUCAGCAGUUUCUCGCAUUGGCUGAAGAAUGUACGAAAUUCUGGAUCACUAAACAUGAACAGGAAUAUGCAUCGUGGCUCACUACUCAGUACCUUGGCGAACGCUGGGGGACAUGGUUUUGCACGGUGGCAGCUCCUGGGGUGUUGCCUUCACAAAAUCCAAUCGAAUCUCACCAUCAAUCCCUUAAAACUGUCUGCGUACCCUCCAAACACGCUGCUACAUCCGUGGUUUGCAACGAUACACUGCCUUCAGUGCUUUACCUCGACUGCGACAAACCUAUCAAGAGCUUCAGUCACUUUGCUGAGGGGCCAAUAAUUGGGGAAAUGGUUGUACACGCACGCAUCUUCGUAACAGAAAAAAAUGUGUUCAAGAAAAUAGACCCUGACGAUGAGCAGAAGAUACAAUCAUUCGUCGUCAAUACUUGCGAGUACGCUGUGCGAUACAACAAUGCAACAGGCCAGGUAGUCAACGCCACGCGUGCUGAACGGUAUUUGGACUCGAAGUCAGGGAAAUUACGAAAGGGAUCCAGAGUUCCCGACUUUCAGCUGUACUACUUAUCAUUACACGAAGUACAAGUGCUACCACCGGUCUACACGUCUGCAUUCCGCUUGGAUCUGAAUCCAAUUAUCCCUACAGAGCAGAUUCGAGCCAUUCGCUCGCGGUAUCAAUGUGACUGCAAAGGAUUUUGGACGUCUGGAUGGCUAUGUAGCCACGUUCUUGCUGCUAUGUCGCUAAUGGAAGAGUAUGACUUAAAGACAGCGGUACUCCAUCUCCCUACCCGAAAGAAGAGUGGGGGACAACGCAAGGUUCGCAACGCACUACAGGAAGAUGACAUGGGCUACUUUGCAGUGUCGAAACUGGAGAAAGAUCUUGUGAAAAAGCCGUCAAUGCCCAUAGGAUGGAAUAUCACUAUGCCAAUGGAGUGCACAGGCGAGGGUGGUGCUAUAACCAGACACAACGUACCGGGGCAGAUUGAGGACUGGAUAGAUUGUGAAGGACCCAGAGGCGUCUUCUAGUGGACUGUUCGUUUUCGAACCGGACAAGAAAUGCAAUUUGAAGUUGGCCAGCUCGCAGCAUUGAUCAACGCAGAAGAUCGCGAUGGCCUAAACGUCACUGGCAAGCUCUUUCACGACUGACCACUGAGUCAGAUGACGUGACAUACCUCUUCUCACAAUAUGAAAGAGUCACAUGGCAUUACCAAUUGACAGCACAAGGAAAACAGACUGCCCAUUUCAUUUGUAAUCGCAAUAAAAAGAACGCCAAGUAUUGGAAUGCAUCUCACCUA